UAUUUGGUGGAUGCACCCGGGUGCUGGUUUGUUUACUUUUUAUUUUACAGCCUCAACUCUACCACCAGAUUUCUGAUCAGAAACAAUUCAAAACACUCAGUUUGUGCUGUUUUUUUUUUUCUUCCUUUGCUCUGUUUUUACUCAAGUCCAUCUGUUUACUUGCGAAUAUUUGUUUUUAUUUUUAUUUUUUAAGCAAACUAGCGCUGACGGGAGACAGAACGGAAAGUCAUGUCCACCGAGAGACCAACGUUGCCGUCGCUUUACUCUCCGCCGCCUUUCGCUGCCGCCGGAACCGGGGAGCCGGUGAGCAAACCCGUGUCAGACGUGGAAACGUUCAGGGUGUUCCUGAACGAGCGGCUGACGGCAGCUGUGGAGGACAUUCUGAGCGUGUUCGGGAAGACAGUGGCCCGGUACCAGGAGCAGAUAGACUUUCAGCAGCGGGAGCUGGACAACCUGCGGUCCGGGGAGGGCGACUGGAGCCGUGCUACAGAGCCUCUGCAGGACUCAUCCUGGAUAAAAAAGUGUCCUGAGCACCAAAGCCUUGACGUGCCGCUGUUUCAGACCGACUGUGUUCUGGAGAAAGAUCUCGACGCCUCUGCUGCUCCAAUUAAGUCAGAAGGCGUCGACGAGGACUGCGGACAGCCGGAAACACCCGAUCACUUUAAUUUAACGCACAAUCUGGAGGCAGCGAGUGAUGACCGAGUCAUCUGUGAGGAUUCUGACACAGAGAACAGCGAAGACGGUUGGCGAGAUGACGGCAACCUCUGGAAGUCAGAGGAGAUGGCUGAAAACAAAGAUCAGAGUUCCAGUUCCGAGCUACAGGGCUCCGCUGACCCGUGCCAGUUUAGCUGCCAUGUUUGUGGCAUUUCCUUCCAGAAGAUGGGUUACCUGAUCACCCACGCUUCCGUGCACCAGGAAAACUGCGGGGUUUGCGGAAAGCGCCUGGAACAAACCGAAAGCCUCAAGCUUCACCUGAAGGUCCACAGAGAGACGUCGUUCCGCUGCGGCGUCUGCGGGCAGAGCUUCACGCUGCGGGGGAACCUCCGCAUCCACAUGAGGAUCCACUCGGGCGAGCGGCCGCACAGCUGCAGCAUCUGCGGCAAGAGCUUCGGCAGGCGGGCGUCGCUGGUGCGCCACGUGCGCAGCCACACGGGCGAGAAGCCGUUCGCCUGCGUGUACUGCGGCCACAGCUUCACGGAGAAGGGCAACCUGACGGUCCACCUGCGGACGCACACAGGCGAGAGGCCGUACAGCUGCUCCAUGUGCGCCCGCAGCUUCAGCCAGCUGUCCAGCUUCUACAAACAUCCGUGUCAGAAGAAAGGCCUGGUCUGCGCCGCCAUCACCGCCACCUGACAGCUGCAGCACUUGAGUGGCUGGAGAACAGGGUUCCCUGUGAUGUACACUUGUUUUUUUUUUUUUUCCAAAGUAACAUUGUAUUACUUUUUAUUGCUGACUAGAACAAUUGUUAUUCUUUCCUGUUUCAGCAAAAAGACUUCCGCCGUUUUA